UCUUCAUGUCAUCACAUCAAGGCGGGCUGUUUUAGUAUUUGGGGAAAAUACACUUAGCAGCGUAACAAAAAAUAAGUACGCAUGAUUGACACAAAUAAAUGUCCUCAUCUGGGCCCGAAACGUUGCAGUUACAAUGUAGCCUUUGUGCCAAUAGGGGGAAACAUUGAACACGAAAAUAUAUGACCACUGACCAGCUCCUCAAGACCGAGAGCCUUCGCACCUCAGUAGAGCAUCUUCCCCUGUCAUCAAGCAAGGCUAGCCCUGUCCGGACGUCAAGAUCGUAGACUCCAAACUAUACUGAAAGAAAAGCCCAUGACUGUGAACUCUGCCUCCAAUGAUGGACAAGAAAAGUGCCAACGGCUUUUCAUCAAAAGCCGGUGAGGGAGUCCCCAGGAAACAGCUGCCCUACUCAGUGGAGACCCCUUAUGGAUUCCACCUCGACCUCGACUUCCUGAAAUAUGUUGAUGACAUAGAGAAAGGCAACACCAUCAAAAGGGUCCACAUCCACCGCAGGAUCAAGGGCCCUAAAUUCAGCACUCUGCCUAGGAACUUCAGUCUACCUGGGCAUGGAGUACGGCCAGCCCCUAAAGACAAGGACACUUGGACUGCCACGUCCACCCUUGGGCCAAAGCCCAAAUCCCGGGUGACUGAGGUUCAGCAGAUAUUUGACUUCAGGCCAAGUGAUGGUGGCUCUAUGCAUGGGAGCGGCUAUGUCACCAACAAGCCCAGAGACGAGGUCAACGUUGGGACCCGAGGGCUGGAUGAAAGGCCUCUGGGCCUUCAGAGUCGCCCCAAUUUGCUAAGAGCUUCUAGCAUGCCCAUUACUGUACAACACCGAAAGGGCUCCGACUCCAGCAGCCCUGACCGGGUGGUUGUAACACCAGAGAAUGGGUCGUCUGAGAAUGUAUUCCGUGCUUCACCGGACUUUGCAGAAAGGCGAUCAUUGCCCCAGGACCGCACCGGACUGCACCAACAAAUCACAGUAGCAUUGAAGCGGGUCAGAGAGCUGGAAGAACAGGUCAAAACCAUCCCUGAACUGAAAGCCCAGAUCUGCUCUCUAAGAGAGGAGAGAGAAAGACUGGUACUGGAGCUCCAGGCUCAGGCUCGGGCUCAGGCUCGAGCUCAGGCUCAGGCACAAGAUUCCUCGAUUUCGACCACAAACCCAAGGGCUGAUACUGAAACAAGGCUAGAAGACGACCGGUCUUCAGAAGGCUUGGCUGUCAUUGAUCAACCCAAGGCAAGUGUAGAGGCCUCAAGCAGAACACCAGUAGAGGUGAGUGAAGGUUUAAGUAAGAGCACAGGGUCACAGAUUGACAGGAAAUCAAAAUCUGGUAAUUUAGAACAGGGAGAGGCAGGAGAUGCCCAGAGGUGUAAAACACAGCCAUCAGAAAAAUCGGAACAAGUAAGCGUAGAGCCCACCCGGAAUAAAUCACUCCAAGACCUCACAUCGCAGAGAUUACCCUCACCUCAACGGGCUAUAAAAGAUGCUGAGGAUGGUGUUCCAGGUGGCCAAUUACCGAAGCAAGAGGAGCUCAAGGGUCAGCCAAUCAGUAGUGAUGCCGAACUAACUAGUCUCCAGCAACUACAGCACAAGCUAACAAUGUUGGACGCUAAACUAUCCCAAGCUAGCCAAGAGUUGGAGAGAACCCAAGGCCUUCUAAAGGAACAAAUUGAAGAUAACAAGCAGAAAGACGUGAGGAUCCUACAACUGAGCGAGGGGGUGCGAGUAGAGGUGUGCACUACACAGCCACGAAGCACGGCAAGGAGAGUGAGUGUGGACAGAGCAACAGUGAUGGAGAGAGUGGGCUUUGCCAACCAGGAGACCGAGACUGAGUGUCCCGGUACUGUGGAUCAGGGAACAGACACGGACAGAAUCUGUAUUGAGGUUUGUAUACCUAGAAUCCUGGUUGGAAGUCUACAUCAACAAGCAGAGAUUGAAAUAGUUGACAACGAAGCAGAAACGUUGCCUCCAGCGAGACAGAGAGCCAAUAGCGUAGACCGGGGUACCGAAACCGAGCGGAUUGGCACUCAGGACCAAACGACAGAAACGCCCACGGCCGAUAGGGUGAAUCAAGUCACAGAGACAGUCGAAGGGCCGUCGAUCAAUCAUCCAAUGAGGCCAAGGGCCAGUAGUGUUGACCGGGGAACAUUGACGGAGAGGGUGGGCACUGUAGACCGAGUGACGGAGACGGUGGCAGCACCGAGGACAGAUCAGCAGACAGAGACAGAAACACAAAGAGACCGAAGGCAGAAUGGCAAUCCGGUGAGAAAUAUGGAGGUACAAGCAAUAGUAGUCAGAGAUGUUGUAGUCAUUGAAAGUGAAGAGAGUGGAAACGAGGGAAUAACUGCUCAAGAAAGUGUGGCCACAGACAAUUUUAUCUCAGAGAGUGUCUCAGCAGUUACAGAGAGUAUAGCAAGCGUAAUUCCAGAUGACGAGACCAAAGAUGGACAGACCUGUGACUCUACAGCAACUGAAGUCAACAAAGACACAAAACUUAGUCUCACACUACAUACUGAUUUAGAAACUAGAGAAGUGACAAGUAGCAUGGUAAAAGCUGUUAGGGAAGAUGAAGAUAAAGAUGCUUUGAAGGCUUUAGAACAGAUGGAAACGGCAACAGACAAGCUCAUCAUAGGUGUUACAACCAUGGUCACUGAAUGCACCAGUGUAGUUGUCAUAGACGAUUCUUCUGUUAGUACAGUCAUUCCAUUGAGACCUCAGAGAGGCCGGACACCUACAACCGAGCAGUCUUCCCUACUUCAGCUUCAAGCUCCGCCUGUACGUCCACUGAGAGGAUCCAGUGAAAUCCUACCUCAGCAAGCUACGCCUCAACCCAUCCCCCUUCCUGCCAAAUCUCAGGUUGAGGAAAAGGCCUUGGUACCAGUUCAGACUAAAGCCUCCCCUCAGCCUGUUAUAGCAACAUCUAGUGAGGACCAAAACCUCUCAAAAACAUCUUCCGAACAGCAGUCUUCCCCUCAGAUCCAGGCUCAGCCUCCAGCCGAGGUCCAGCCCCAACCACGCAAGCCCUCUCUGGCAUCGAAUGACCGACAGCCUCAACCAAAGCUUCGAGCCCAGAAAAAGCCCCCUUCCCCGGGGUCGAGUGACACCCCAAACCCACCCCAAUCCCAGACUUCUGUGUCUCGGAGAGACUCCAAGGAGCCUCAGCCUUCGCGCCGGCGAUCCACUGAGACCUCUCAAACCCAGUCUCAGACCUACCCCGCUCGCCGGGGGUUGAGUGAGGCCCCACAAGGCCAGCCCUCAGGCCCGCGGCGGGGCUCCGGUGAGAAGGAACCAUUUCGAAGAAGCUCUGGCGAGACACCGACCGUUCGCAGAGGUUCCAGCGAGGCUGCCCAGCGCCGCGGCUCAACCGAGGCUCAGGCCUUGCGCCGUGAGACCGGCGAUGCCCAGUCCUCACGCAGAGGCUCGGGUGAGUCUCCCACCUCCCCAGCGGCCCUUGGCCAGGUAGUGACCAGGCUGACGGGGCUCCUUGGCGAGCAGUGGGCCCAGCUGGGCAGUGGCGGGUCUGGAGCUCAACCAGCUGCACCCAGCCAGCAGGAAGGGCAAAGCACGCAGAAGCUAAGCACAGGGAAAAGAGCCGUUCCUGCAAAGGGAGUGCCAGCCAAGCCUGCGGGGAAAGCAGCCUCUGCACCAGCAGUGGCGGUGGCAGUGGGGAAGCCCACUGGGAAAGCGGGCCCGUCCAAGAUGAGCUCUAUUCAGAGUCAACUGGUCAGCUCUCUCAGCGUCCUCUCUGCCUUCUACUCCCCAGCGCAGAAAGCUGCUGCCGCCAAAAAACAGCAGGAACAAGGGCUCAAAUCCAUUAUGAAGAAGAACGGUGCAACGGCCAAACGGAGCAGUGGGGGAGCCAAGAAAAACCUGAAAUUUGUUGGGGUGAACGGAGGCUAUGAGAGCACGUCCAGUGAGGAGUCUAGUGCAGAUGAGAAGACCAUGAGGAAGAAGAAGGAGAGCGAGGAGGUUGGGGAGGAGAAAGAGGAGGAGAAACAGAGCUCUGCCGUUCCUGAUGCACAACAAGAAGACAAGUUGACUCCAACAGCGGAGCAGGAAGUUGAUGUGGCCAAGCAGGAAGGUGCCCAGGCCGUAGGAGAAGGAGCGAUGGCGGCCCUGGAGGUCGGGCUGCUGGAGUUCCAGGAGGAGGAGCAGGUUGCAGGAGGCCAAGUGGAGCAGGGCUUCGUAGACGCUUGUAUCUAUGUGAAGGACCGCAUGGGAGAGGUCUCCUCCCCAGACAAAGAGAUGCGGCAGGUGCUGCUGGUGCUGUACCAGGAGUGGUUCCGCGUGUCGAGCCAGAGGAGCUCAGAGGCGGACAUGGUGAGGCUGUACCUGCGGCAGGUGAGCCGGACCACGCCCACCCUGCUGCCCUACGUGGUCAACCUGACGGACGGCAACGGCAACACGGCGCUGCACUACAGCGUCUCCCACUCCAACUUCCCCGUGGUCAGGCUGCUGCUGGACACAGGCCUGUGUGAGACAGACAAUGUGAACAAGGCAGGCUACACUGCUGUGAUGCUGGCAGCUCUGACGGCCACAGAUCGUCAUGACGACCUGGAGGUGGUGUUGCAGCUGCUCAGACAGGGCCAAGUGGACGCACGCUCAAGCCAGAUAUAUUUACUUGGAUCUCCGCACCCCCAGGCAGGGCAGACGGCAUUGAUGCUGGCAGUGAGCCACGGGCGUGUUGCCAUGGUGAAGCUGUUGCUGAGCUGCGGCGCGGACGUCAACAGCCAGGACCGGGACGGCUCAACCGCCCUCAUGUGUGCCUGCGAGCACGGACACGUGCACAUCGCACGCCUGCUGCUGGAGACCGGCCGCUGUGACAGCUCCCUGGUGGACAAGGACGGCCAAACGGCCAUGACGGUGGCUACCGCUGCUCCUCACCAGGAUGUGGUGGACCUCCUGAAAAGUCACGCAGAGACAGGAAUCUUCAACAGCACCUCCUCCUCCUCCUACUCUUCUAGCAGCGCCCUAGCACGUCCACUAAGCUAGGCUAACCUCCCCCCCUUCUCAACCUCCCUCUCCAUAUCUCUCUCCCCCAAUUAGAACCUAGGGGGAAAAUACCCUCUCUCUCUCGCACUCUCUCUCUCUCGCACUCUCACUCUCACUCUCUCUCUGUCUCUCUUUCACAUUCUCUCUCUCUUUACAUCCUUCUCUCUCUCUCUACAUCCUUCUCUCUCUCUCUCUCUCUCUCUCUCUCUCUCUCUCUCUCUCUCUCUCUCUCUCUCUCUCUCUCUCUUUCUCUCUCUCUCUCUCUCUCGCUCUCUUUAUAUAUGUAUAUGUAUAUAUAUAUAUAUAUAUAUAUAUAUAUAUAUAUAUAUAUAUUCCUCUCUAUGUCUUUCUAUGUCUCUCUCUAUGUUUCUCGGGGGGUACAGUUGAUGGGUGUUGAGGAGGUAAUGGAUUGAUACCACAAAGCUAGCCUCUUGUUUCGUUUUUUUUACUACCAAAACAUCUUUGGGACGUGCGAUUGUCCCCACCAGGCGGGUCUCCCCUCUGUGGUGCUUCACCAAUAAUCUCCCUGCCCAGGAAUACAAAAAAAAGAGUGUGGGACACGUACACUGACCUCCACCGAGUUGCUCUUCAAGUACAUACAGGCACUCGUGUAGCAUAAUCUGUUCCCUCUGGGAACCCACCAGGCGCCACGGCCCCCUAUGGAGUACGUCCUCUUUGAUCAUACGCCGUCACAUAUCUCUGUCUGCCACUGGAGGCACUGUCCCUCCGUCACUCGACCGCGGGGAGUCAGCCGUUCCGCGGACGGACGGCUAACGGGGGGAGGUGCUAGUUUGCCGGGAUCUGAAGUCGUUGCCUUAGUGACAAGCGUGAUUGGCGGAACUCAAAAUUGAAAAGAAGAGGAGAGUAAUGACGAUGUGGGAUGGAUUUUCCUCCACAGCACAGCAAGGCUGACUUGCUUUAUCAUGGAAGAACGAUGUUAAGCACAUGAUUUACCUUCCAAAAUAAUUAUACAGAAGAGAAGAAAUAACUCAAUCGAUAUAAUAUAUAUGACAGUAUUUAUUUUUAACUCUUUUUUAAUCUCACUAAACUCAUUAAAACUCAUCAGUAUAUUCUAUUUGGACAUAAGCCAUUAUUGAAAUCAUAGAUAAUAUAUACAGAAUGGUGUACAAAUCAUUAACACAUUAUGCUUUUCUAUUGCGCUUACUUUGACCUUGUUUGUCCCGUAAAAGAUCUCUGGAUCGUCAUCCAUCUUGAAAUCCCUCAAGAUGUCAAUCACAGGUUUUCUAUUUCUCUUAUUUUCUUUGUUACAACCCUCCCUAAAGUCUACGUUGAACACACAUGUUGUAGUUGCGACGGUGUUUAAAAAUGAGAAUAACUCGUGUGAAACGGUGCUGCAUGCUGGUCUCUAUCCCGGCGGCCUGGCAACAGACAAUAUCACAGAGCUAGCUUGUUGUAGUGCUUGUGUGGAACGAAAAUAGAGUCUAUAAUUAUACUGUCUGUUGCCAUAUUUAGUAUCUCAUCCCUAUAUCUCCCUCUAUGUGUGUAUGUGUGCGUGUGUGUGUGUGUGUGUGUGUGUGUGUGUGUGUGUGUGUGUGUGUGUGUGUGUGUGUGUGUGCGUGUGCGUGUGUGUGUGUCCUGUUUAAACUGAUCCUCUUCAAAUCCAAUUGCACAUGUGGCUGUCAUAUAAUGCACAAUGAAUGUUGCCUGGCUGUUCUACAUUCCAACAGAAGACUGAGAGUAAGAGUUACAACGACCGUGCCUGCUGGCAUACUUAGAGCUAGGACUGAUCAACAUGGCUAUUGAUCAAUCGAUUCUUUUUUUCUAUUACCAUCCAAAGAAUCUCAGAAUGCUAUGAAUUACAAACAUAUAAAAGCAUGCAGAAGCACAAACUAAAUAUGGAAUGUAUUAUUUUUUUAACCCUAUAUUUCUUUGAUUUAACAAGUCCACAUUUAGUCUUAAAAAAAUACUUAAAGAAUAAUUGAUUUAAUUAUAAAAAAUAUCAUCUGAUUAAAGAUGGGAAUUGUAUCUCUGCAUCUCCGCGCCUUGGUGAUUAAAUAAAAGCAAUAAUAUUGGAUUUGAAUGUAAUCAGACACCAAAGGGGACAGAUUGGCUGCAUCUCUGAUCUCAGACCAAUCGCCACACAGUAGACAUGAUACAGAAGUAGAUAUGUUUCUAUUGUGUCACCUCUGUGCUAAUGCGAGGGGAUUAUAGAUAUAGAUAUAUUGACCUGAAGUUCUGAACACAUUACUAUUUGCUGACUUGCAAUAAAGCAGACCUUGUCCUGUUGACUUUUUGUUGAACAUCUUAUAUUUUCAUAUCCUCUAUAGUGUGGGACAAAUAGAACAACCACAUUGAACACUAAGCAAGUGGAGAGCUAGAUCCGAUGUGUGUGGAAGUCUUGUUAAAAGAUGAACUCAUCAAAUGUGGAAUUUUUGUUGUAGCUUUGUUUCCCCUGUAAAUUCAGCCAAAUAACACUGUAUAUACAGUAUUGUGAAAAUGAUAUACCCGAUGUCGUCUGAGAGUUUAGUCUUUAUUCCAAAUACUAUAUUUUUUACUAUAUAUAUAUAUAUAUAUAUAUAUACAUAUAUGUAUGCAUGGAAGAAGUAUUCCAAUGGUUGUGUGGAAGUGCAUUUGAACAGCUGCAAGCAAGAGGUUAGCUAAUAGUGUUAAUGGGUCGUUAAUGUUUACUUUCCAUUUGAUAAAGUCUGGGACUGUUUUCGUGCUCUUGAAUCUCUUCCUUCACAGGUGCCACACUUUCACAACACACGCUUUUGACCUAAUAGAUGUUUUAUUUAUAUAUAUAUAUAUACAUCCAUAUAUAUAUAUAUAUAUAUAUACAUAUAAAGAUAUAUUCAUAUGUUUAUGUAUAUAUACAUAUAUAUACUGUAUGUUAUAUAUAUAUGUAUAUAUAUAUAAAUAUAUAUAUAUGUGUAAAUGUAUGUAUGUGUACAUGUAUAUAUAUGUAUAUAUACAGUAUGUAUAUGUGUAUAUAUAUAUGUUCUGGAAAACAUCAAGCAGUCCAACCCACUCAAGAGUUUAUGUUUGGAUAUUAGAGUCUAUAAAUGGGAACCAAAUGAAAAGUCUAAUAUGUAUGUAAUAAUCCUUGUACAAUGGGAAAAUAUGUUAAACCAGAGAAUAACUUCUAAAUAAAAUAUAAACGACGAUUUACAUCCUCGAAAAAAAUCCUUGUCUCAGUCUUCUU